CCGCGGUGCCGCCGUAGUUGGGGGCGGGCCGCGCCGUCCCGCCGGGCGCAUGGAGCGAACGGAGCCGCCCGUUGCCGCCUACGAGCGGCGUGUGCUGCGGAGCGCGGCUCAGCACUGCUACCUGCGGGUCCGCCUGGAGCUGCCCGACGGCGCGGCCCGGCCCGGAGCCCCGCAGCUGAAGCAGCUGGUGGUGACGGCGCUGCGGGAGCUGCACGGAGAGGUUGGAGCCGCUUUGCCUGUCGACGUGUUGGCCUACGAGGAGAAAACACUGUGUGCCAUCCUGAGAGUGAUUAGCAGUGGCCUGGUCAAGCUGUGGAGUGCUCUGACCCUGCAGGGCUUCUACCAGAACAGGCGCUGUGCCUUCCGGGUGCUGCAGAUGUCUCCGUUUCUUCUGGCAUUAGCUGGGGACAGCAGGGAGCUGCUCUUGGACUGAGUGCGGCUGCUUGGACUCUCACAAGUUCCUUGGAAUGUUGCUUCUCUUCAGGCGUGUAAUUCCUAGAGGGCAUUUCCAACACAGACCUUCCACAAAGCCGGUGGUUACCAACCUGCCCUUUGCAUGUCUACAGCUUCAGAAUUUACACAUAAAAGUGGGAGACAAAGCUGAACUCAGCCGAGUUUUUACACAGCACGAUGUUGUUACUUUUUCUCAUUUAACAGGUGACACAAACCCUUUGCAUUUAAGUGAAGAUUUUGCCAAGCAAACUAGAUUUGGUAGAACCGUAGUACACGGGGUUUUGAUCAAUGGACUGAUCUCUGCAGUUCUGGGUACCAAAAUGCCUGGGCAGGGCUGUGUGUUUCUAUCUCAGGACAUUCGAUUUCCAGCUCCUUUGUAUACUGGAGAAGAAGUGACGGCUACAGCAGAAGUGAAACGACUGAGGAGCUCCAUCGCACGCAUUGCGGUAUCGUGUCAAGUCAGACAAAGUGGGAAGACUGUUCUGGAAGGGAUGGUGAACGUCAUGGUGCCAGCAAGUCCCAGCUGUUGAUCUUGUGUUAUUUCGCAGUAAAGGCAGAAAUGUAUGUUUGGUUUUCA